UGGACGGGGUGGUCACAUAAGCCUACCCAAUCGAAAUGGAACCCAGGCAACACCCAAAUUUGACCUUCCCAUUGCAACGGUUUGCGUCAAGGCAAUGCAAAAUUGCGUGCCGACACCCCCCUGACUCUCUCUUCCUUUUUUGCACUCUUUGCAUCUUAUACCAAGCCCGUUCGAUUUGCCAUUCUGCGCAGGAAUUAGGUUACACUUUUGAAAAUUUUCCGUCAUCAAAACCGUCUUGGCUUGCAGCUUACCUUGUGGUACCCUCAUAUAAGAAGCAAAUCAUGUCGCCUCUCAAUUUGUAUCGGUUGCGGGUGAAAACCAUCCGAGCUUUGUCUUUUUGGUCUUCUUUCCCUCUCCUUGUCCGAUUCGACAUUGGCCGUUGCCCCGCGGCUUUGCCAUAGUUAAUUUUGUUGUAUUUCGCCCGACGGCACUGGACAUGCGACGAAUAUCACAACUGCCUUGAUACCAAGAUCAUCGAGCAACGUUGUAGCUUCCUUUUUCUGUCAAGCGAGCCCAGCCAUACAUACAAAAGUCAAGAUCGGACUCGGCUAUACGCCCGAAUAUCAUGUCGGCUCCGUUCUCAAAGGAGCGGGACGAAGGCGUCCUCAAAGAGGAAGGCGUUGUCAAAGAGGACAGUCAUGAUCGUGUCAACGUCACCGACAGCGAUACGGAAAUCGCGGGGGUCUCCAAAUUCCACGUUGACGAGAAACGCAAGCUUGGAGUUACGGGAGCAGUGUUUCUGAUUCUUAACAAGAUGAUUGGCACCGGAAUCUUCUCAACCCCGUCCAGCAUCUUUGCAGCCACCGGCUCUGUCGGUAUCUCAUUGAUGCUCUGGGUCAUUGGCGGAAUCCUCACUUUUGCCGGCAUCUCGGUCUUUUUAGAAUUUGGUCUCGCCAUCCCCCGAUCUGGCGGCGAAAAGAACUACCUCGAGCGGGCAUACCGCCACCCCCGGUACCUGGCUACGUGCGUGCUCGCGGCUCAGAUGAUCCUGCUGGGCUUCUCGUCAGGAAACUCGCUCGCCUUUGGCCGCUACGUCCUGUUCGCCGCCGGCGGUCUCGGCGAGAUCACGCCGGACAACUGGCAGGCCCGCGGCAUCGCCGUCGCCUGCGUCACCUUUGCCAUCCUGCUGCACGUCGUGCUGCCCAAGUGGGGCAUCCGCCUGUUCAACGUCCUGGGCGUGUUCAAGGUCAUCAUCUUGCUGCUCAUAGUCUUUUCGGGCUUCGCCGCGCUGGCCGGCCACAGGCUCGUCGACGACCCGCGCAACUUUGACAACGCCUUUGCCAUCGAGACGGGAGACGGCUACAGCGGCGGCGGGGCAUACGCGUACUCGAAUGCGCUGCUGAACAUCAUCUACAGCUUCAAGGGCUGGGAGAACGCCAACUACGUGGUCGGCGAGCUCAAGAACCCGCGAAAGACGCUCGCCGUCGCCAUGCCCCUGGCCGUCGGCGGUACCACCAUCCUCUACGUGCUCGCCAACGUGGCCUACUUUGCGGCCAUCCCAAAGUCGGAACUGGCCAAGUCCGAGGUGAUCGUGGCGGGCAUCUUCUUCCGCAACGUGUUUGGAGUCCGUGCCGGCGGCACCGCUCUGCCGGCCUUUGUCGCCCUGUCCAACCUCGGCAACGUCCUGGCCGUCAGCUUUGCGCACGCCCGCCUGAACCAGGAGUUUGGCAAGGAGGGUCUGUUGCCGUUCAGCCGCUUCUGGGCCUCGACCAAGCCCUUUGGCACGCCGGCGGCCGCUCUCUUCCUGCACUGGAUCGUCACGGUGAUUGUGCUGCUGGCGCCGCCCGCCGGCUCGGCCUACAACUUCAUCGUCAACCUCUACACGUACCCGGGCGCCUGGAUCAACGCCUUUGUCGCGGCCGGCCUCAUCUACCUCCAGUUCAGCAAGAAGGAGAACUGGUCCAGCCCCUGGCACACGUACCUGCCCAUCAGCGUCCUCUACCUCUUGGCCAAUGCGUUCCUCGCCCUCGUGCCCUUCAUCCCGCCCGAGACCAGCUGGAACGAGGACGGAUACCCGUACUACGUCUUUCCCAUUGUCGGCGUCGGCGUGCUGCUCCUCGGUGCGGCCUACUGGGCCGUGUGGACCAAGUUGUGGCCCAAGCUGGGAGGCUACCGGAUUGAGGCCGAGAGGAUUACUGAUGAGGAUGGCGAGGAGGUUAUUCGCUACCGCAAAGUGCACGUGAGGUGAUUUUAGAUGAAAAGUUUGCUUGACAUGAGUUGGGUGUUGCGUUUCAACUCUUGGUUGGGAGUAAUUAUAUAUGAUAUCGGACCAGUCUAGUAUGAGAUACCCCUGACAUUUUGUUCUUUGGUUAUUAUCGUCGGUUAUUUGAUCUAUGCGCUUGUCGUGUUUACACAGAGGGACUUGUCUGCAUACGCUCGCAAUGGAAAGUUUAUAACGUAGUAUUAACAACUUACAGACCGACCCAUGGAAUUACGUGCCAUCGAUGCACUCAGCGGUCCAUUUGCAACAAACGAGAAAAGAAUAUAUUAAAAGGCUGACAAUGACAAGCGUCUACUGACAUCUAGAACUAGUCCUAACACCGGUGAGCGCCGCCACCAACCAGGGCUUCUUCGGCACCACCCUUGGCCGGCCUGGGCAGCCUGUAAACCCAGACCAGCGCCGCGCUC